UCUUGUGUCUUAGUGUGGAAGUCCGGGAGGGGGAACAGGAGGAAGCUGGUCCCCGUUAAAGGUCCAGCAGAAGUGGAGGAAAGUUGUGCCGAGUUUCUUACGGCGGGGUUUGACUAGGUCCUGUCAGGGUGAUAAAACACACCUUGUCCUGCUGGGGGGGAUAAUAUCUCGGCAGCCGCCGGCCGCAGAAUGGAGCAGGCAGCACCUAAAAGCAAGCUAAAAAAGCUGAGUGAAGACAGCUUGACUAAGCAGCCCGAAGAAGUCUUUGAUGUCUUGGAGAAGCUUGGCGAAGGGUCUUACGGCAGCGUUUUUAAAGCAAUACACAAGGAAUCUGGGCAGGUCGUGGCAAUUAAGCAAGUCCCUGUUGAAUCAGACCUACAGGAAAUCAUUAAAGAAAUUUCUAUAAUGCAACAGUGUGACAGCCCAUAUGUUGUCAAAUACUAUGGCAGCUAUUUUAAGAACACUGACCUGUGGAUUGUUAUGGAGUACUGUGGAGCUGGUUCUGUCUCGGACAUAAUCAGGUUGCGGAAUAAAACGCUCACAGAAGAUGAAAUCGCAACCAUUCUUAAAUCCACGCUUAAAGGACUUGAAUAUUUGCACUUCAUGAGAAAAAUACAUAGAGAUAUAAAGGCUGGAAACAUCCUCUUAAACACAGAAGGGCAUGCCAAAUUAGCCGACUUCGGAGUGGCUGGCCAGUUAACUGAUACAAUGGCAAAACGCAAUACCGUCAUAGGUACUCCUUUUUGGAUGGCUCCAGAGGUAAUACAAGAGAUUGGCUAUAAUUGUGUGGCAGACAUUUGGUCCCUGGGUAUUACUUCAAUAGAGAUGGCUGAAGGAAAACCCCCCUACGCUGAUAUCCAUCCAAUGCGGGCAAUUUUUAUGAUUCCAACAAACCCCCCUCCGACGUUCCGGAAGCCGGAGUUGUGGUCUGAUGAAUUCACUGAUUUUGUGAAAAAGUGUUUAGUGAAGAACCCUGAGCAGAGAGCUACUGCAACACAACUCCUGCAGCAUCCUUUUAUUAAGAAUGCCAAACCAGUUUCAAUUCUAAGAGACCUGAUUACUGAAGCUAUGGAAAUCAAGGCGAAGAGGCAUGAAGAGCAGCAGAGGGAACUGGAAGAAGAGGAUGAAAACUCGGAUGAAGAUGAACUGGACUCUCAUACCAUGGUGAAGAGUAGUUCAGAAAGUGCAGGCACAAUGAGGGCCACAAGUACUAUGAGUGAGAGUGCUCAAACAAUGAUUGAACAUAACAGCACCAUGCUAGAAUCAGACUUGGGGACCAUGGUGAUAAACAGUGAUGAUGACGACGACGACGAUGAAGAUGGCACCAUGAAAAGAAAUGCUACAUCACCACAAGCACAGCGCCCUUCUUUUAUGGACUAUUUUGAUAAGCAAGAUUCCAAGAACAAAAGCCAUGAAAACUGCAAUCAAAACAUGCAUGAAUCAUACCAUAUAUCAAAAAAUGUUUUCCCGGAUAACUGGAAGGUCCCUCAAGAUGGCGAUUUUGAUUUUCUGAAAAAUCUAAGUUUGGAAGAGCUGCAGAUGAGAUUAAAAGCUUUGGAUCCUAUGAUGGAACGAGAAAUCGAAGAACUUCGUCAAAGAUACACAGCUAAGAGGCAGCCAAUUCUGGAUGCUAUGGAUGCAAAGAAACGAAGACAGCAGAACUUCUGAUCUCAUCAUUUCCAAAGUAAAGGUUAUCGGUCGAUAAGGACACUGGUAAAACUGUACAUAUAUCUUGAGUUUUGAAAUGCAGCAGCCUUGAGCUUCACAACAGCUAAAGCACUAGAAGAGAGCACAUUGUAUAUUCUGCAGUCUGAAUGGAAAACCUGUCCUAUUGUUCAUAUUUUAAUACAAUAGAAGCUUCACAUUCCACUCCAGAUCCCUUUUCAGCUAAGAUACAGAAAUACUGGCUUUUGUACGAGGAGGAGGAGGAGGAGUAUUUGGUUCCCAGUAAUACUUAAAGCUAUCUCCAAAUUGCUCAAUACUACAGGGCCUUAAGUUGCAAUAUAUGUUUGUUCCCAUUUAAUACCCUAUUUAUUAUAUAUGCCUAGGUGAUCUUAUUUAUUUUUUAUGCUCCUGCCUUUUAACUAUAAAUAGGGCCUGAAGAUACUGGCAGUGGGUGGAAUCAGCAAUGGAGUAAGUAAACAUGUUUGUGGAUGGUCACGCUCUAAUAAAAAAUUGCUACAUUAUUAAGUUCUGACUCUGGUGAAGGAUUUUGGGCUCUAUUUGGCUUGUAAGCACAAGCUUGUUUCUCACUGAAGUAUUAACUAGAGCUGUACUUUGUUGGGGACUUACUAAUGCGUUAGCUACAAUGCAAAAAUACUUGCCUGCGGACAGAGGGCACAAUGCACAAUUUUGCUGAGCUUUCUUCAGCACUUUGCAUUUAUACUGUGGGCUGGCACAGGAGAAGUUCCUGUAGGGCUUUUGCAUUGUUGCUUCCACUUCUGCCAAGCAUUACCUUACAAGAUAAGAGACAAGUGCCUCUACAGCUCUCUUGCUGCCCCUCCCCCCCAUGUCAGGCAGGAAAAACAGUCCCCAUGGUCCUUUUUGGUUCCCAUUUUUUACUGUAGCUGCCUUCCAUUUGUAUUUAGUUUCAGCAUCCCAUUUGGCUCUGCAGUAAAAGUAUUGUUUAACAUUUCUCGGUCAGUUGACUUGAUUUGCUGCUCUCCCCCCCCCCCAACUUGCUGAUUGGUUUUGCCCCGUAUUAGCUAUUGUUAUAAAGCCACUUUGAGAAACUCUAAUUUAAAAGCCAAAGAAGAUGUUUCUGUUCCAUUGGCCACAAGCAUCCACAGUAUCUCCCCUCCUCCCUGGCAGAUUCCUCAUCAGCCACUCUUUCUGCCCAAUGCCAAACUCUCUUGAGUUGAAUGAAUAAUUUUACAGGUUUGUGCUGCUGAAAAUGAAAACAGCUGGGGAAAUAGCCCCAUGUGAGUGUCUUAAUUACCUUGUAGUGUUGUGAUCCUUGAUGGAUGAUAUCCUGAAAAUAUGAAGCACAUUAAAUUACUCUUCAGGUCUAAUCUGGCAUACCUUCCAAAAUACUUAUAAUAUGGCUGCAGAAGAAAUCUAAAAGGUAUAUGUGUGCCGGCAAAGUGGCCCCAUCCUCAACAGUGUUCAGGUGAUACUGGAAAAUACAAGGUGCCUGUGAUUAUUCAACAGGCUGUCCUUUCCAUAGUAACAGAUCUGCUGCUCCCUCAGGUCUCAUGGCUGUUGUUCAAGGCUCUCUUGCAAGCUGCUACCACAGGGGAUUUUCUCUAGUCUAUUGCCAUACUUCUCCAGCAUUUGGUAGGUGAAAAGUAUUGUAUUCCUGUCUGUGUGUCAAGCUGUGUAUAUUUGGUAGCGUGAUCCAUCUUCUGAAAAGUUUUCUGAUAACAUUCAAAGGUGACUGCCGAGCUGGCUUCUCUUGCCUCUUCUACUGACCACCCAUUGAUAUAGCAGUUCCCAAAAUGCUUGAGAUCAGUGACAAUGACUUGUAAACAGUAAGGAUUUUAAUGGGUAGAUAUUUUUGCAUUGGAUUCUUCUAUAUGUCAUUAAACAUUCCCUCCUUCUCAAUACCUCCUGCAACUGUUUUAUUCUGAGCACUCCAUCUUGGGAAGCUAUGCGGCAUUUUCUGAAAAGCCUUAAACAAUCAAGAGAAAUUGUCGGCAUCAAAGGACCAUUCCUUUGUGUUUUGCCUGAAUAGGAGCUUGCCAGUGUAGCUGUGUGCACACUAGAUCUGUUACAGAACGGCAAGCUAAACAUUGUCUGUUUUUUUUUAAAUAACUUGCUAAAAGCUGUUACAGACCCUCGCAUUGCUCUUCUGAAAGGGGUGGAGAAAGUAGUUUUUUCCCCCCUGAUCCAGUACUGUUUAUCCCAGGUAUGCCACUAUCUUUCUUCACACUAGAGUUGUAGUGAUGUACUGUGAAACUGUAGUUGGUCAUUAGUUUUAAAUCAACCUUUUAAGAUUUUGUGCUACAUUAAGAACAGAUAUAUUGUGAGUUAUGACAUGGCUUAUGGAACCUUCCUAAAGAUAAGUUUAUAACGAUCUACAGUGCAAAAAGAAUCAUGCAGAUAGUAUCGUUGGUGGUAUGCCCCUCACAUCCACCUCAUUCUGUUGCACCACAAACAGAGGUGACCAUCACAAUAUGCCACUACAGGCAGAGUUGUCCAUUUACCUCUACAGCAAGAGAGCUCCUUGUUACACCUCCAAGCUUUGUGCAGAGGCUGUGCCAGAAUUCGGAGCUGUGAGCCUUGGGGUGCCUGGGACUAGUUGUGGUCUUGCCUGAGAAUGCCCUUCUCUGCACUAAAACAUCCCUAGUUAUCAUUGCUACUUUAGUUCAGAAAGCACAGCCAGCACCCUGCGCUAGUGCGAGGGGACCAGGGAUUACAUGAACUCUGUCCCUCGCUAUGCUGUGCAGAGCCUUAAUCACACAAUGACACUUUAAUAUCAAGAGUGGCUCCCUCAGUUCUUCAGAACAACACCAAAGUCUUAAUAAUAAGAUUUUCAGACACACACACUAUCUAUAAGCCACACCAUUUCCUGUGUAAAAACUAAACAAAACCAAAAAAAAAAAAAUCUAGUGUGGACAUCGACCUUGCUAUUCCCUGGUGUGCCUUAUGUACGAUUGGCUUGGGUCAAUCACAUGUUCUCUGACUUCCUUUCUUGAUGUAACUUUGUGACACAUCACAAACCAGAAGGGGUCAUAGCAAAGAGCCAGUGAUCAUCCUGAAACAUUUAUGUAGUAUCUGGAAGCAUCAUCCUUGUUUAGAUACUGAGUGUCACAAGGAACUUUUUAUUCAAAAAAAAAGUUCAACUCCAAUUGACUUUCUGACUUGGAUUUUAAAAGUUUAUUAUGUACAGUAAUACAGAGAAAAAUUAACUACAGAAGUGGCACACAAAACUAUAAUGAUGUGAUAGUCAUGAUGACUACAUACUAUUUAAAACAAUAUAUUUCCUACACUUUUCCCAGCUGAUACACAAUGAGACAUUUUGGGAACCAAAUGCAGUAAUCCUAAACUACUACUCAUGAUGAUUAAGUCAGACCACCAGUUGUAUACUAGUGAAAUUUAGGGACAAAACUUACAGGCAAUUAGUCUUUUUAUUAUUCUUUGAUAUUUAUUUUUAUUUACUGAAGCGUAUACUAUUUGUGUCCAUAACCACUUUUUAU